CUCAUUCCCCUCUUCUCAGCAUCGAGAAUAAAGGGACUAGGGACAAUGGGGCUCUUACUUGCCGUUUUCGGCGGGCUUUCGCUGCUUUGGGCAGUCGUAGAGCUGCGGGCUCUUCAUCGCAACUACCAGGCCGCGCGACUGAUGGGCCUUCCCAUGGUUGUCGUCCCAUAUGAUCCCGACGGUUUUCUCUUUGGGGUACUUUCAGAGCCUCUGAAGCCUCUCCUCCGUAGGCUGCUCCCCCCUCGCGCCCGUCAGGCGUUUGACUUGACACUAUGGGGCUGGGAGUGGCACGAUAAGGGGGCAGCCCACGAGCGCCUCGGGCCCGCUUUCGUCAUCGUCACAACGGCUCUUAACCGACUCGUGACGGCGGAUCCGGUAAUGGCGACCGCCAUUAUGCAACGCCGACGCGACUUUGUCCACCCGAAAGUGACGACCCAGGUCAUGGGACUGCUCGGCCAUAACCUCAUCACUGCCGCAGACGAGGAUUGGUCCCGGCAGCGCCGAAUUAUCGCGCCGGCACUGAAUGAGCGAAUCAGCGCCGGCGUUUGGGCGGAGAGCAUGGAGCAGGCCGAGGGGCUAGUCGACUCCCUCCUCGCCCCUACAACCUCAUAUUCUUCCCCUGGCGGAUCAGCCGCAUCGACCGAUACGGUGCCAGGACUUCGAGAAAUCGCCAUUAACGUCCUCAAGCGUGUCGGGUACGGAAGGCCCGCGCCCUACGUGCUGCCACGCGAGUCCGAAUCCACGCCAGCACCAUAUGCAGACAUGUCAUAUGUCGAGGCCAUUGCUUUGUCCAGUGAGAUGCUCCUCGUUGCCGCGUUCGUGCCGGCUGCCAUUUUGCGGCUGCCGAUUAUGCCACGAUACGUCAGGAGGCUGGGUGUUGCCCUGGCCCGCCUGCCGAAACUGACGAAUGACAUGCUGGAGCAAGAGCGGCUGUCCAGCAAGUCCACGAAGUUGCGGAGCGAUAAUGCGAGCACGGAAUCGACCUCAGGGCCACACACAAUUAUGAGGACACUACUUCGACUGUCUGACGAGGCCAAAGAACAAGACGAUGGUGAAUCAGCGACCACGAUCAACAACAAGGUCGGAGACAGAUCGCAGUAUCUGACCGAGGACGAAAUCGCCGGCAACCUGUUCAUCUUCACGGCGGCUGGUUUCGACACCACCUCAAAUACACUGGGCUAUGCUGUGACCUUGCUUGCCGCGUACCCCCAGUGGCAGACGUGGAUCCAAGCAGAAAUCGACUCCGUCCUGUACAACGGGAGGCGUAGCGAGAAGGGUAGCAGUGGCAGUCGCCCAGAUUAUGCGGGGGCUUUCCCGCGCCUGGUUCGGUGCCAGGCCAUCAUGCUCGAGACCCUUCGCAUCUUCCCUGUCGUCACAAUGCUCAUGCGCUCGACUACGGUGCCGCAGACGAUACCUUGCUCGCCGACAUCAGCAACGGAGAGCACGAAGCUGCCGACACUGUCAAUCCCGGCUCCUUGCGCAGUCUAUGUCAAUACCGUGGCGCUCCACACCUCGCGCGCUACAUGGGGUGAGGAGGAUGCGAUGGACUUCAACCCGGCGCGGUGGGUCAAGCCAGCCACUGGCACAAGGGAGAGUGCCGAAACGGUAGAAGCAGAAGAUGCAGCUCCAGAGACCCUCAUAAGCUCGUCCGGAGCGGGUGGAGUCACUCCAGGGAGCUUCUUGGGCUGGUCUUCGGGCCCGAGAAAGUGCCCGGGGCAGAAGAUGUCGCAAGUGGAGUUCGUCGCCGUAAUCGCAACUUUGUUCGGCAGAUGCCGUGUCGAACCCGACAUCGGUUCCGAUCCGGCGGGCUCAGACGAGAAGACCAGAGAAGAGAGCCUCUGUGCCGCAAGGCAGAGACUCCUGGAUGUGGCGCAGGAUAGCGGGAUAUUAUUCACACUAGCCAUGAAUAAGCCCCGCGAUGUGCGACUGCGGUGGACGCCACGCCAACAAUGAUACCCGGCCGGUUAGGAAGCACGUGUGUCAGUGAGCGAGAUCACCCAGACGCAAGAGUCGCCCACGCAAAGCACCAAUGGUGUGAUGUUUUGAGGGCGUUCACUAGCUCGGCGGCGUGAAAUGGUCCUUUGGCGCCAGCGCAUACUUCACUGUCGUCAGUCGCGGUCUACACAGAACGUUAGAAGCACGCCUUUCACCAUAAAUCGCCACCUCCUUUAGCCUUCAUGUGAAUGAGAUUCGCCGCUUAGAGCCAGGCGCUUGUAGGAACCAUACGGUGAGUUCUAGCGGAAUGGGCAACUGAGCUGUCAGCUUUUGGCACCCUCAGCCACACAAGCGGAUAGCCCAAGGUCAAUGGAACGAGUAUUACGGGCUUGGUUUCAUCGGGAAGGACUUUCCGGAGGCUUGGAGUAUCAUGGUUCGGCGGGCUAAACCCACACUCAAAUGAGAAG